AUGCACAUCCAGCAGGCCCCGAACUACUGCCGCUUCACCACCGGGCACGCUUGCCGCUGCCUUGGACAGAAAGCCGGUCCAAGUGAAGAGCGCGUGGUACACAGCACCAACAUCAUGCCGCCCGAGAAGCCAGCAGCUGCAGUGGCCGGGAGGACGUGCGACGACGCGCCAUCAUUCAGCCCGAGAACGUGUCUGGACAACCUGCAGAAAACCAAUCGAAUACAGCAGCGCAGAGAUCGGCCCCAGCACGCCUCCAAGCAUGAGGCGCCCAUCAGGAAUGCCACGCAUCGGGGACCGAAGCAAGCCAGUGCCAGCCGUCGGGUCGAUACCACUGUAGUACACGCGACUUGUCCACGUGGCAGGAUCUUGUGGUAG